AUGACGGCUCUACCGAAUGCUCAAAUCACCAAGGGCGGCUGGAAAGCUCAAUGCAACGCCAGCGAACCCUUCGCCGAACCGCACAUCCCGCUCUUCAACGAGUUCGGCGCUCUCAGCGGACAGGCUCAAGCUUCGCUGAAGCAGGCCGCUGGAGUGCCGUGUGUCGAGCAUGACCGCAUUCGUCCUCGUCUACCGCACGCCUACAUCCCCGACGCGGUGGUGCACAAGCUCACCGAGGACGCUCUCCGCGGCGUCGUCCUCAAGCCGAUCUUCGACGCGCUGCUUGCAUUUGCAGGCAACCACUAUCGUCGUGAAGACCUCGUCAAGCUGAACGAGACGCACGCUGUGUCGCUUGCUGCCGAGGAAGCGGCGAACGAGUGGGCGAUCCUUGUGACGGUCGAAGAAUUGAGCAACCGGCUCAUCAGGCGCGCGAACUACCAGCAGAAGCGCGCAGGGAACGAGGCGUCGAUUGCAAUUGUACGGGAGAUUCAGGACAAGAUCAACGAGGUGAAGAGCUGGACGGAAGGACUCGUCAAUGCGGACUUCAUCUCGAUUACGCCGGCGACGAGCCGCGACGAGGACAGCGGCAAGAAGGCGACGGAUGGCGACGACGACGGACAGGGCAGGAAGAGGAGCAAGACGGCCUAG